AUAUAUAUAUAUAUAUAUAUAUAUAUAUAACUAACAUACAUGUACCAACUACCAAGCCAACUUUCUUGUCAGUAUAUUAUUGUUGUGGUUAGACAAAAGUUGUAAAAAGUAUGAAAGCUAUGGCACGUAUGUUUUGGCAGCAAGCUACUGGCAGCAAAGUUGCCCAGCGUAUGAUACUCAAAUACUGCAGUGAACAUAACAACGGAAAUCUGACAAGUUAGGUUCUCAGUUCAAUCAACCAAUGUAGAGGUGAGCUGACCUUUAUUUUCAGUUGUGGGGUAUGGCUGGGUACUGUGUAAACCAGCAUUAUAGGAACUCUGAGAACUGGCUCAACUGGGUUCUUUAAUGCUAAUAGCAAUGGGUAUUUAUAAUAUGGCAUCUUGCAUGCAGCUGCUUUACUUUCUCGUCAAAAUCAGUUAAGGCUGUAGUACUGUAUGGUGUAUAUACAUGUACAAAUCAAAUAAUAAUUUUUUGGGAUUUUAAUAUCUUUAUUGUGUUUUAGUUUAAAUGUGUGUUCAUAUAAUUUGUUUUAUAUGAACUGGUUCAGCUUGGAAAAAGCCCAAAAGUUUGUCAUUGCGUGGGCGGACGAGUUCUGAAGAAAUCGCCCACGCAUUCUAGAUUAGCUCAGGCUGGCCUUAUCAUAAUGGAUCAGGGUGCAAGUGAAAUUGAUGCCAGUAAGAAAGAAGAACUUCAGGAUUUUUUAUAUAAAUACUGGCCAGAUACAAUAGAGAUUGUAAAUGGACUAAAAUUAGGAAAGGAGUUCACUGCCAAAAUUUUUACUGAUAAUGGUUGGCCUGAUGUAAAGACUGUAAUACUCAUUUAUAAUGAAGGAAGUGUAACAUUUUUUUUUCCAUUUGGCACUGAUAAUCCAAAAACUGCUUCAAUAUUAAAGUCUGUCGUUGAUUCAAACCUUGAGGAUGGACAGGAACCAUCAAUUCAUGGUACUGAAGAAUUUAUUUUAGAACUGAAAAAAGUUAUGGGGUUUCAAAUAUUAGCACCUCCCAUAUUCCGAUAUACUUAUACAAUUGCAAAAGACAUUAAUAGUGACAAAAUGUUAGAGAAAAGGCCUCUCCCCGAAAGAUAUAAAAUUGAUAGCAUUCAGUUUUCUGAUAUUAAAUUUGUUGCAUCAAAAUGGGGCGAAGGAGGUGACAUAGCGCAGCCAUUUAUAAAUAACUUAGUUACCAACUAUCCGAGUGUUGCUAUUUAUGACACAUCAACAGAACCUGCUCAACCAGUUUCAUGGAUAGUAUCAACAGCUGUGGGGAUCCUGUACCACUUAUUUACAGUUGAAGAGCAUCGAGGGAAAGGACUGGCCACCAUUGUCAUACAAGAGCAAACAUGCAAGAUACUGGCCAAAGGACUUACUCCAUUUUGUUACAUUUAUGCAGAUAAUGUUAAAAGCCAAGGGCUCUUUGAGAAGUGUGGGUAUGUUAACAACAAAUUGCAUUUGUCUUAUACCCACCUGGACUAUUAACUUGUGACUAUUUGCUUGUUUAAUAUUAAAAUUAUGUCUAUUUUUGAUAAUACUAUUAAAAAUUCAA